GCCACAGACGCCGGGAUGCAGAGGUACGGGCUGCAGCUCCGCAAGAAGCCGGCGGCGUCCUCGUCUUCGUCGCGACCGCCCCCGCCGGCGCGCCCCCUGGCAGCAUUCGCCGACGACGGCGACGACGACGUCGAGGCCGACAUCCUCCGGCAGUCGUCGAAGAAGCGCGCCCUCCAGAAGGUGGAGGAGCUGCAGAAGAAGGCCAUCGAGGAGGAUCCCUCGGUGUUUGCCUACGAUGAGGUGUACGAUGAUAUGAAGGAGAAGGCCGCGCGCCCCAAGAUGCAGGCCAAGGUCGUUCGCCAGUCAAAGUACAUUGAAGCACUCAAGGAGAAAGCAGAACAACGUAAACGAGAACAGGACAUAGUGUAUGAGAGGAAGCUUCAGAAAGAGAGGAGCAAGGAAGACCACCUGUUUAGUGACAAAGACAAAUUUGUAACAUCUGCGUAUAGGAAGAAACUUGAGGAGGAGAAAAAAUGGCAGGAGGAAGAAAGGCGGCGUCAGAUUCAAGAAGAAAGGGAUGAUGUUACUAAAAAGAAAGACUUGAGUGACUUUUACUUUGGACUUGCUAAGAAUGUUGCUUUCGGUGCAAGUUCGCAUGAUGGCUCAAAGCCUGCUGAACCUGAAAAGUUGGACACUAAAGCAGAUGAUAUUCAAGCCAGCAAGUCUGACGCCGAAGGAUCUGCCCGUUCUCCUAAGCGCAGGAGGGAAUCCAGUGAAGGAUCAGAGAAAGCUCACGAAAGUAAAAGUGCGGAAGAACCUGCAACAACUGGACCGAAGGAUUCAGCAGCUGCUAGAUCUACCGAGAAAGAUACCGAUGCAUCAGCGGCUGCUUCACAAGCUCCGCAGAAUACUCAGCCAGCACCAAUCACAGAUGAGCACUACAAGAGGAGUAGCGACGCACUUGCUGCGGCCAGAGAACGAGCCCUGGCUCGUAAGAGAGCGAAGGAGCAGCAAAUAUGAACAUUUUCAGUUGGUGAUGUACGUAUUUCUCGUGAAAAAAGAAACACUCCUGUUUGAUCCCCAUGAACAUGAUCCAGACAUCUGUAUAUUGACAAUGGAACACAUUGAACAUGAGAAUGAUCAUAUCCUUUGCAUAAUCAGGAGAGGAGAGGUUGCCCAUUAUAUUUAUUGAUCAUUCCUGCUGCCAACAAAAAGGAAAACACCUUGGCACAGGGAACUGAAGUGGCUGCCUGCACGCAUUUGUGCUCAUCCAUGUAUACUGUUGUAAUCUGUAACCAGUGGUCUGUAAACAUGAUUCCUGUAAUGACUCAAAAUAAGCAGUUAUUUACUGGUUGGUGUAAAAUGAGACAUUGAGAUGAUGUAUCUCACUUUUUUUU